AUGCGGACUGUUUUCUUUGUCGCUGUUGAUAGCUUGAUCUCCACGUCGACUUGUGGGAUGCCUGGUGCCCGGAUGGUGUACCUGCUGCGUAAUUUGGGCGCUCAGAUUAACCGCCAGAAUGAGGAUGGCAACACCCCACUGAUGUGUUAUCUGAAAGCUGGAACCCCAGACUGUGACAUCGUGGAGGCCUUUCUUCGAUGCAAUGCUGACUUCUAUAUUGUCAACAAG